AUGUACACAGAGAAAGUUCUGCGCGAGAUGGGCUACAAGUUGGGAGCAACAAUCGGCGAGGGAAGCUACUCCAAAGUGAAAUUAGCCAGCUCCCAGAAACACAAUUCUGAGGUGGCCAUAAAAAUUGUGGACCGCAAAAAGGCUCCCCACGACUUCGUCCACAAGUUUCUACCCAGGGAGCUGACACUUUUGAGGGGAGUGAGACAUAACAAUAUUGUACAUGUGCACGAAUUCAUUGAGGUUUGCAACGGCCGACUAUACAUAGUGAUGGAGGCGGCAGCGACGGAUCUUCUCCAAAAAAUCCAAGAGGUCAAUUCCAUCCCCAUAGCCCAAGCCAAAACCAUGUUUUCCCAGAUUGUCAGCGCUGUGAACUAUCUCAAUCAAAACAACAUCGUCCAUCGGGACAUGAAAUGUGAGAAUGUGCUGCUGACUAGGGACAACCAAGUGAAGAUCACAGACUUUGGUUUUGGGAGGUUUGCUAAGGGCUACCCUGAGCUGAGCAGCACCUACUGUGGUUCAGCGGCCUACGCCCCACCGGAGGUACUCCUCGGAGUUCCAUACGACCCUAAGAAAUAUGAUGUGUGGAGUUUGGGUGUGAUUCUCUAUGUCAUGGUCACUGGGUGUAUGCCGUACGACGAUUCCAAUGUCAGCAAACUCCCGCGGGCUCAGCGCAAGGCCUUGGUCUACCCGGACGACGUCACCGUGGAAGAGCCAUGCCAGCAGUUAAUUGCAUAUCUGAUGCAGUUCAGCCCUUCUAACCGCCCGACAAUCCAACAGGUGGCAGAGCAGUCUUGGUUGCAAUAA